GCCCGUUGGCCAGCGCCGGGCACCCGUUUUAAGAUUUCUCCCCCCCGCCGCCGGCGGCGGAGAACGGCGGCUGUUCUGAGCUUCGAGAGAGAGAGAGAGAGAGAGAUGGGCGAGGGCGAUCUCCCCCGGACGGAGGCGGGCGUGCUCCGGGGACACGAGGGCGCGGUGCUGGCCGCCCGGUUCAACGGCGACGGCAACUACUGCCUCAGCUGCGGCAAGGACCGCACCAUCCGCCUCUGGAACCCCCACCGCGGCAUCCACAUCAAGACCUACAAGUCCCACGGCCGCGAGGUCCGCGACGUCCACUGCACCUCGGACAAUUCAAAGUUGAUAUCUUGCGGUGGUGACCGGCAGAUAUUCUAUUGGGAUGUGUCGACUGGCCGAGUCAUUAGGAGAUUCCGUGGGCAUGAUAGCGAGGUGAAUGCAGUAAAGUUUAACGACUAUGCAUCUGUCGUAGUAUCAGCCGGCUAUGAUCGUUCAGUGCGUGCUUGGGAUUGCAGAUCUCAUAGCACUGAGCCGAUUCAGAUUAUCAACACGUUUCAAGACAGUGUGAUGUCUGUUUGCUUAACAAAAACUGAAAUUAUUGGUGGAAGCGUUGAUGGUACUGUUCGAACAUUUGAUAUUCGUAUUGGUAGAGAAAUAUCUGACGACUUGGGGCAACCUGUCAACUGUAUUUCAAUGUCAAAUGAUGGUAACUGCAUAUUGGCAAGUUGUUUAGAUUCAACUUUGCGUCUUGUAGAUAGGUCUGCCGGUGAGCUAUUGCAAGAAUAUAAGGGCCAUACUUGCAAGUCCUACAAAUUGGAUUGCUGUCUUACUAAUACUGAUGCACAUGUGGCUGGUGGAUCUGAGGACGGUUAUGUCUUCUUCUGGGAUUUGGUCGAUGCAUCAGUGAUAUCCAAAUUUCGAGCUCAUUCCUCUGUGGUAACAAGUGUAAGUUAUCAUCCAAAGGAAGACUGUAUGAUCACUGCCUCUGUGGAUGGCACAAUUAAGGUGUGGAAGACAUGAAACUGUUCAGCUGAGCCUGAGGGAUCAUUCCUUUGUCUGAGAUAUGAUAUAGGGAAUUCACCGAGUCAAUUCUUAGGAUAUCUUGAAUCAGACCAUUUGUACUUACUUUUGCCCCAGGCAAUGCAUCUUUUCAUGCUUCAUUAGGAGGUAAUAUCUUUGGGUAGCAAAACUUUUUGCAGAAUUUCGGAAGCUGAGGUUCAUGUAUAUUAUAGUCUAGCUCGGGAGUGUUCCAAUUGCACUUCCAGCAAAUUUCUUAGGGGUUGUGUACCAUUGAUGGGAUGGAUUGAUAAUCUAUGAGCUGAAUGUGCAUUUUGAUUUCUUGUCUGUGACAGAGAAA